GUGCAGGGUCUGGAGUGGAUGGUGUCUCUGUACAACAAUAAUCUGAAUGGUAUCCUGGCUGAUGAGAUGGGGCUUGGCAAGACCAUCCAGACCAUCGCCCUCAUUACAUACCUCAUGGAACACAAGAGACUCAACGGACCCUAUCUCAUCAUCGUUCCACUAUCGACUCUGUCCAACUGGGUCUAUGAGCUGGAUAAAUGGUCUCCGUCCGUUGUGAAGAUUUCCUACAAGGGGACCCCUGCUAUGAGACGAGGCCUGGUGGCUCAGCUCCGCAGCGGGAAGUUCAAUGUGCUCCUCACCACCUACGAGUACAUAAUUAAGGACAAACAGAUCCUGGCCAAGAUCCAGGGAAGUAACAUGAUUUGUGAUUGAUGAGGUCACCGUAUGAAGAACCACCUGGAACUGACCAGGUGUGAACACCCAUUAUGUUGCCCACGGCGCCUCCUCCUGACGGGCACGCCGUUGCAGAACAAGCUCCCGGAGCUCUGGGCCCUGCUAAACUUCCUGCUGCCUACCAUCUUCAAGUCCUGCAACAAGCUCUCGAAACAGUGGUCAACGCCCCUUGCCAUACCUGGGAGAGUGGACUUGAAUGAGGAAGAGACAAUCCUGAUUAUCCGCCGUCUCCACAAGGUGCUCCGCCCCUUCCUGCUCAGACGACUCAAGAAGGAGGUGGAGUCCCAGCUUCCAGAGAAGGUGGAGUAUGUCAUCAAGUGUGACAUGUCGGCCAUCCAGAGGGUUCUGUACCGCCACAUGCAGUGCAGAGGAAUCCUCCUCACCGAUGGAUCAGAGAAAGACAAGAAGGGUAAAGGAGGAGCGAAGACCCUGAUGAACACCAUCAUGCAGCUGAAGAAGAUCUGCAACCACCCCUACAUGUUCCCACACAUGAGUACGUUAAUGUUCUCACACAUUGAGGAGUCCUUUGCUGAGCACUUAGGCUUCCCGAAUGGCGUUAUAAAGCGGGUAAGCGUGCAUCGCGGGAAGUUUGAGCUGCUGGACCGGAUCCUUCCCAAGCUGCAUGUCACCAACCACAGAGCGCUGUUCUGUCAAUGACAUCACUCAUGGACCAUCAUGGAGGACUACUUUGCUUACCGCAAUUUCCUCUACUUGCGCCUCGACGGCACCACCAAGUCUGAGGACCGUGCGAUGCUGCUGAAGAAGUUCAAUGAGAAAGGUUCCCAGUACUUUGUGUUCCUACUGAGCACCAGAGCCGGGGGACUGGGCCUCAACCUGCAGGCUGCGGACACUGUGGUCAUCUUUGACUCUGACUGGAACCCUCACCAGGACCUCCAGGCCCAGGACAGGGCUCAUCGUAUUGGUCAGAAGAACGAGGUUCGUGUUCUGCGUCUGUGUACGGUCAACAGUGUGGAGGAGAAGAUCCUAGCGGCUGCUAAGUACAAACUGAACGUGGACCAGAAGGUGAUUCAAGCCGGGAUGUUUGACCAGAAGUCCUCCAGCCACGAGCGGAGAGCCUUUCUGCAGGCCAUACUGGAAACAGAGGAACAGAAUGAGGAGGAAGACGAGGUACCUGAUGAUGAGACUCUGAACCAGAUGAUCGCCCGUAAUGAGGAUGAGUUUGAGCUGUUCAUGAGUAUGGACCUGGACCGGCGGCGGGAGGAUGCCAGGAACCCUAAAAGGAAGCCUCGUCUGAUGGAGGAGGUCGAGCUGCCAUCUUGGAUCGUCAAGGAUGACGCAGAGGUGGAGCGGCUCACCUGCGAGGAAGAGGAGGAGAAGAUCUUCGGCCGAGGAUCACGCAGGAGAGGCGACGUUGACUACAGCGACGCCCUGACAGAGAAACAGUGGCUCAGGGCAGUAGAGGAUGGUAACCUGGAGGAAAUGGAGGAAGAGAUCCGUCUGAAGAGUCGAGGAAAGAGGAGGAGACGAGGGGACAAGGACGGAGGGAGGGAAGAGGGAGGAGAGAAGGCAAAGAAGAGGCGUGGACGUCCCUGCUGUGAGAAGCUGUCCCCCAACCCCCCCAAACUCACCAAACAGAUGAACGCCAUCAUCCACACCGUCAUCAACUACAGAGACGGGUCUAAUAGACAGCUGUCAGAGGUGUUUGUCCAGCUGCCGUCCAGGAAAGAGCUGCCAGAGUACUACGAGCUGAUCAGGAAACCUGUUGACUUCAAGAAAAUCAAGGAGCGCGUGCGGAGCCACAAGUUCAGGAGUGUGUCUGACCUGGAGAAGGAUGUGAUGCUGCUCUGUCACAACGCUCAGACCUUUAACCUGGAGGGGUCACAGCAUCUCUCUCCUCAUCCCCCUGUCUCUCUCUCCUCAUCCCUCUCUCUCUCCUCAUCCCCCUGUCUCCCUCUCUCCUCUACAGCUAAUUCAGUGAGGGUGAAGAUACUGCUAGGUAAGAAGGAGUGUGGCGGUAGCAGCAUCGGAGCCCGUCACCAUAACAAGGACAAAGGCAAGAAGAGACUGAGUCGCUCCAAGGCCAAACCCGUCGUCAGUGACGAUGACAGCGACGAAGACCAGGAUGACAACAAUCAGUCUGAGGAGAGCAGAAGUGAAGAUGAGUGAAGAAGAGGAAGGCUGAUCCUUAGGACUUAACAAGAAAAUCCUUCCAUUCUUUCUUUUAUUUUCUACAGUAUGGCACUUAUUCAAUCAUUUUUGGUUUUCUUCGUUUUUUCUCUUUCUUCUAUAUGGAUGUUCUCUCUCAGAGCUGUCUUCACCAUAGUGAUGGCAUGUGACUAUGUUGGUACAGUACAGACAGGAUGACAGACAGACAGACAGACAGGGUUUUCUAUGGCAAUUUUCUUCUUAGUUUACCUUACAGGAAUAUUUUAAAGAUCAAACAUUGUGGAGAAUCUAUAUUUUAUGUGUGUUUGUACAUUUUAUAUAUUUAUGCUUUAAUUCAAUGAGAUUAAAAACAAAUUCAGAAUCAACAACAUUUGGUUACAAACAACACAUAUGCUUGCAAAUGCUUAGUUUAUAUAAUUGCAUUUUUAAAAGUGUUUAUAUCAUGGCACUAUAGAUAUAUGGUAUCUAAUGUUAUAUUUCCCACUAUUCAGUCCCAUUAGCAUUAGUUUCCUAUAGAGCUCCCCAGCUUGUCGUCCGAAMAACAGGAAAUGAUUUACCUCUGGUUUGUUCAGACAUUCCUAUGGGGAAAAUGAAUGGGGUUUUGGAAUAAAGGCAGAAAAUAAGGUCAGAGGUUAACACAGGCUUAGGAGGUCUUAUAUGUUGUGUUCUAUGAGAUAUCAGUCAGUUAACAUGACCUUUAUGAAACUUUGUUGUGUUUUUUUUAAUUAAUUAUUACAGAAAUGCUUCAAAAUUCACAAGAAGUGUUGUUAGCUGAUGAAGACGAUCUCAUAGGACAAAACGUACGGUCUCCUAAACCUGUGUUUCCCACAGACCUUAUUUCUCUGUUUAUCCAAAAACAUUCAUUUUCCCAUAGGUUUUGUCCAUCGAACCAUGGCGGAGUGAGUGCCUACAAAAAGACGCCAUUACGAUUUCUCUAUAUUAUCCUAAGCAAUAUCUUAAUCUCUCCAUACUGCAGUUUAACAGUUAGUAGUCCUAGCUGCUGCCGUUAUCUUAAUCUCCCCAUACUGCAGUUUAACAGUUAGUAGUCCUAGCUGCUGCCGUUAUCUUAAUCUCCCCAUACUGCAGUUUAACAGUUAGUAGUCCUAGCUGCUGCUCAUGUAGAGAUAGACCACAUUCUGCAGUAUAUUGAUUUCAUUCUUUAUGGAUUGAAGUGCUCUGUUUUGAUUUACUCAUUUAGAUAUUAGAUAUCAUCAAGAGAUAUCAGUUAGAUAUGAGUCAUUAAUCUAGUAGUGAUCUCCUCUCUCUGUUACCCUGCAGUGUUGUUGUGUGGUGGUGGUGUUGUGUGGUUGACUAGAUAGACAGACGGGCAGGCAGACAGGAAGACAGGCUGACAUGAAAACAGACAGACAGGCAGACAGGACAAAAGACAGACAGGAA